AUGGGUCAGGGAAAGAGCUGGUCCCGCUACUCCAUUGUUGGAGACGCCUCAGCUGGGCAGCACAACUUGCGGAUUGACUACGCUGAGCUGGACGAUGAUGCUGUCUAUGAAUGCCAGGCCACACAGGCAGCGCUGAGAUCCCAGCGGGCCAAGCUUACUGUACUCAAUCCUCCCGUUGUAAUGCUGUCGGUGCAGCCGCAAACUGUCCCCGAAGGUGGCAAAGUGAGCUUCCUCUGCACAGCCACCUCCAACCCUGAAGUGACAGGCUACAGAUGGGCUAAAGGAGGCGUACCCAUUCCGGAGGCGAAUGGCGACAGCUACGAGGCAACGGUGGAUCAGUCCUUUUUCACAGAGCCUGUGUCGUGUGAAGUGUCAAAUGCUGUGGGGAGCACCAAUGUCAGCACGCUGGUGGAUGUGCAUUUUGGGCCCCGCCUUGUCUCUCAGCCGAAACCCCUCACUGUUGAUGUUGGGGCAGAUGCUUCUUUCACCUGUACCUGGACUGGGAAUCCACCUCUCACCCUGGCCUGGACCAAGAGGGGAUCUAGUGUGGUGCUGAGCAACGGCAACACUCUGCACCUCAAGGCGGUGACGCAGGAGGACGCCGGCAUCUACGUCUGCAAAGCCAUCGUGCCACGCAUUGGCGUGGCGGAGAAGGAGGUGACGCUGGCUGUGAAUGGUCCUCCUAUUAUCAGCGCAGAACCGAGCCAGCAGACUGCGGUGGGGACGAAGGCACGGCUUGAGUGCUUAGUGGGGAGCGUCCCACCCCCCGACAGGAUAGCCUGGACGUGGGGUGAUUGGGUGCUGGACACUGGCUCACUGGACCGCUUCACUGUGGACACCAUGGUGACGGACCAAGGGGUGCUCUCCGUGCUGCUGAUCGACCCAACCCAUGACGCCGACUUUGCCCUGCCUUACAACUGCACGGCUUGGAACCAAUUUGGCGCACGGUCUGCCACUGUCAGCUUGCAGCGCCAAGAAGUCCUGCCCAUCCUGGUUUUGGGCGCGUUGGCUGCCUCCGGGGUUGCGGCUCUCCUGUUCCUGGUGGUCUUUGUCUCUCUCUGCUACCGGCGCAAGCGCUGUGGAAAAGCCAAGCGGGGAACGCAGCUCUCCAAGGCAGACAUCCUAGUGCAGAUCACUACAACUGAGAGCAGCCCCAGCCGGCCGAGUGAGACAGAAGACGAUGGCAAGGAACCUAUGGCCACAAGCACUGAGUCUCCAGCUACAUCCCACACUGAGCACAGCGAAAUCCUAGAGGAUGACGAAGGGAGCCAAGAGCUGAAGGAUCCCACCAAUGGCUACUACAAGGUCCGUGCCCAUGAGGAACCAUGUUUGGGUAGCAGCUUCUCAGAAUACACGCCAGCCCCCCGCCCCUUGUUCGGGGCAACUUCUCUAUACCCUUCCACAGGGCCAGUCCAGCCCAAGCUGUAUGAAUAUGCUCACCGCUACACCCUGGGCACACCUGGCUCCCGGUCGACCUAUGACCCCCAUGAGCGCCUUUUCCCUCAGGAGAGUGUGUACAGUGGGACGGCCUACCUCACUGCCCCCUACAGCCGGGCCUUCACCAGCUACGUCAAACCUAGCAGCUACGAAAAGGCCGAGAGCGGGUAUGAGCAGUCGGACCAGGCCAGCAAGGCCUCUGGCUGUUCGCGUUUCUCUUACACCUCCUUGUCCCAGCAGUCUGACUAUGGGCGCCCCGCUCAUCAGCGCAUGCAGACCCACGUAUGACUCACACCUGCGCCCUGCCAAACUCCAACCCCCUCCAAAGAAAGAAAAAAGGGAACAGACUUAGCUCACUUGUGGCUAACCAAACCACCGGAGUGAUAGACUCGAUGUCCUGGACUCUUCUUGAAGACACCAAAUUCUCAUUGUCAGGGGAAGAUGGCAAGUAAUUUGCUUGGCAAUCCACGGUGACAUCCAAGAAGGCCAACAGCCUGACUGCCAUAAUCUAACUGAGACCAGGCCCAUCCCUUUUGGCUGCAAGGAAACCAAUAUCCUGCCUGCAUUCGUGUCAGGAUGUGAAAAGUGGAUAUUGGCAGAAGGUGCACCGCUUCUGCUGAGACUGAGGACAGAUUGAUUUUCAGGGAUCAUGCCUUGGCCUGGAAGAAUCUGGAUUCAAAAUGGUGGAUAUUGCUGGCUGUUAGACAAAAGCCUUGGUGUAAGAAGCCAGUGGAUGCUCAAAAUGGCGCACAAUAUGGUGCUGAAUCAGCCUCGGCGAUGGGUCUAAGUGAUGCCUGUUCUCUCUCCCCCCCCAACAGAGUUGCCCCAGGGCAGGCCCCUGCCACAAAGGCAAGAUUCUCCGCUGGUCGCAUGAUUCUGGGAAAUCUCUAAGCAUGGGCUCUAGUGCUUGCAUUGAAAAUUUUUCCUGGCUUGAUGCUUUGGUUUAAAUAAUUCCUGCUGACCCCUAUUUACCUGUCCCUUUUAAUUAAAAAGCAAACAAACCAACCUGGUGCCCUGCAUCUAAUGGGAAGGCACCUGCACUACACCAAGUUGACAAGGAGGUGGCAGUAGUGUUCAAUAUUUAUACCAUUUAUAGACUUGCCAGGAAUCUGUUCUUCCGCCCAACCAUUAAAAUUGACAGGACAAUGUUGAAAAUUAAAAUCCAAUUAUUAAAAAAGCCAAGGGUGGAGCAUUAGAGAAUGCAGGAAGCCAAAAGCCAAUGGGAUCUGUUGAUUUCAUUUGUGGGAUUUAAAAAAAAAUAAGUUAUUCCUUGUCAUUACUUUUUGCCUUAAGUGUAUUUCUCUGCUGUUGAUGUUUUUGACUUUUUUCCUUCUUGUUGUUUUGAUCUUUCCAGAAUCACUGGGGGUGGUUUACUUUUUGUUUGGUUUGAUUUCUUUUUGUAUUUUGCUCUUUUAUGAGACUGGGAUUUCCCAGUGGCACACUAUGAUCAUGCCUGCUUGAGUGUGUCAUGCUUUGUAUAA